AGAUGAGGUUCAAAAAGACACAAUCGACCUCCUCUUAUCAUGGCCACAACUCCCUCAAAUUUCACAAUCACAUUCACCCAAACUCAUUCCCCGCAAAACCAAAACAUUUCUUGAUCUCACCUUCCCUCAUUUCUUCAAAAAAAUAUCUCCGCACCCAAAGCUCGUAAUCUCUCUCUAUUCACCAUGGCAACUUCUACUUCUUCUUUGCUCCAAUCCAACACUUUGAACUUGAAACACUAUUUCCCCCUUCAUUUGCCUCUUCCUUCCCCUCCUCGCCUAUCUAAUUUCACUGGAACUUUGGCUUUCAACGGUCAACGUUCGGCAAAGUUCACUGUUAAAUGCUUCUUCUCGUCGGAGCAGAGGAAACAUUUGACGAGCUCGAGUUUGGGCUCCAACAACCAGUUGAGUUCCAGCUCAAAUGACAAAAACCCAUUCGAGAUUAUUGCUCAAACAAUGUUAAAAGCUUUGAACGCGUUAAAAAAGCCCGCUAUAGCCGCGGUUUUAAUGGGUUUGUUGCUAAUGUAUGAUCCUAAUAACGUAGCAUUGGCUGCAUCAGGUGGGAGGAUGGGAGGAAGGUCUUUUUCUUCGAGUUCUUCGUCUUCGAGGAGUUAUUCGGUGCCUAGAAAUGGAGGGUCGAGGUUUUCUUCGUAUUCGGCUCCUUAUUAUGCGCCUGCUCCAUUUGGGGGUGGUGGGUUUUACAUGGGGCCUGCAGUUGGGGUAGGUGUUGGUGCCGGCUCGAGUUUUUUCUUGAUUUUGGUUGGGUUUGCUGCCUUUGUUUUGGUCUCCGGGUUCCUUUCUGAUCGGUCUGAGAGUAGUGUGCUCACUGCUAGCGAAAGGACUAGUGUUAUUAAGCUUCAGGUUGGGUUGUUGGGUAUGGGACGGUCUCUUCAAAGGGAUCUUAAUCGGAUUGCUGAAGUUGCUGAUACCUCUACCUCUGAGGGUCUGAGCUUUGUGUUGACAGAGACAACACUAGCUUUGCUUCGCCAUCCUGAUUAUUGCAUCUCUGGUUAUUCAUCUGUAGAUGUGAAACGGAGCAUAGACGAUGGGGAAAACCGCUUCAAUCAGCUCUCUAUUGAAGAACGGGGUAAAUUUGAUGAAGAGACUCUAGUGAAUGUGAACAAUAUUAAAAGGCAAAGUACAAGCAGCCAGAAAGCUAGUGGAUUUAGCAAUGAGUACAUAGUGAUAACAAUUUUGGUGGCUGCUGAAGGAAUGCAUAAAUUGCCCCCCAUCAAUGGAAGUGGUGACUUAAAGGAAGCCUUGCAAAAACUUGCCUCCAUCCCUUCAAGCAAAAUAUUGGCAGUUGAGGUCUUGUGGACACCUCAGAAUGAAAAUGACACAUUAUCAGAGCAAGAACUACUUGAAGACUACCCACUAUUGAGGCCUCUAUAAAAUUUUAGAACUAGACACCUUGUAUCUUCUCAUCAGAGGUAUAAAUCGGAACUGCUUCUUAAAUCCUUGUGUUUAUUUGUAUAUAAUAAAUAUAUACUGUUAUACUGAGGUUCUGGUUGUCUAAAGGUAGAUGUCGUCUAGUGAACAUGUAAAGGGAAAGGACACAUAUUUGCUUGAAAGCAUUAAUUUUUUAUUUUCCUAUUUA